AGACUCUUCGAAGUAUGUCAAUUCCUGGAACGUGAAGGUCAACUAAUGGUCCUCUUGGUAUUUGAACAUUUGGAACAAGAUCUUUCAGAUUUAAUAGAGCGAUUACCAAAAUCUGGUAUGCCACCCACAACAAUACAGCGCCUUUCACGUGAACUGUUAACCGGCGUCGAUUUCCUUCACUCACAUCGCAUUAUUCACCGUGAUUUAAAACCACAAAAUCUGCUAAUUUCCUCGCAAGGACAUUUAAAAAUUGCCGAUUUCGGUUUGGCCAAAACAUAUGAUUUUGAAAUGAAAUUAACAUCGGUUGUUGUGACGCUGUGGUAUCGGGCGCCUGAAGUUCUAUUGGCCCAAACAUAUAAUAGUUCCGUUGAUAUCUGGAGUUCAGCAUGCAUUAUUGCCGAAAUGUUUUCACGUAAAGCUCUAUUCCCUGGCACAUCAGAAGCAAAUCAAUUGGAUCGAAUAUUUGAAUUAACAGGACGUCCAACAGCCCAACAAUGGCCAAGAACGAUAUCGUUAUCACGAGAACAUUUUCCUGCGCGGCAUCCUAAACAACCGAGGGAUUUAUGUCCUAAUCUUUGUGAAUAUGCAAAUGAUCUGCUGGCUCAAAUGCUGUCGUAUGAUUUACGUUUACGACCCUCAGCAUUGGCCUGUCUAGAGCAUGAAUAUUUUCAGCAGGAACCUUUGUAAAAAAUUAUUUAUUUAUUAUUUUCUUUUUUGUUUAGUUUAU